AUGGCAGCCCCCGCGAUGCUCUUACCGCUGGUGGCGGCGGGGCUGGCGCUGUGCGCGGCGCUGCUGUGGUUGCGGGGGCGGCCGGCCGGGCCGGAGGGGGCCCGAGGGCGGGUGUGCGUGGCGGUGCUGGGCGACCUGGGCCGCAGCCCCCGCAUGCAGUACCACGCGCUCGCCCUGGCCCGGCACGGACACGGCGUCACCCUGCUGGGCUUCCUCAGCACAAAGCCACAUAGUGACAUUUUGUGCAAUGAAAAGAUACACAUUGUAUCGAUUUCAGAACUUAAAGUAUUGCAAGUUGGUCCUAAGAUUUUCCAGUAUAUUACAAAAGUUAUUGCACAGGCAAUACAACUGUUCUAUACAAUGCUGAAGAUAGAUCGGCCAUCUUAUAUUCUUCUUCAGAAUCCUCCAGGCCUGCCUAGUAUAGCUGUUACCUGGAUGAUUUGCCUUGUACGAAGAAGCAAACUGAUCAUUGAUUGGCACAACUAUGGUUAUACUAUAAUGAGUCUGAUCCAUGGAAAAAAUCACCCUAUAGUACAAAUUGCAAAGUGGUAUGAAAAGCUUUUUGGACGUCUAUCUGACUACAACUUUUGUGUGACUAAUGCAAUGAAAGAAGAUCUACAAAUGAAUUGUAAUAUCAAAGCAAUAACCCUCUAUGACAAGCCAGCUUCUUUUUUUAAGGAAACACCAUUAGAACUCCAGCAUAAAUUGUACAUGAAACUUGCCAAAGACUAUGCUCCAUUUAAAAGAGGAACAGACUCCAUAUAUCCAGAUGUUGAGAAAUCUGCAUUUACAGAACUAGACAUCAGAAAUGGAAAUGUGACACAAGUCAAAGAAAGACCAGCUCUUCUAAUUAGCAGCACCAGUUGGACAGAGGAUGAAGAUUUUUCUAUUCUUUUAAAAGCUUUAGAAGAUUAUGAAGAGUAUGUCAAUGAUGGAAUCAAGCUUCCUUCUUUAGUAUGUGUGAUAACAGGUAAAGGGCCUCUAAAAAAGCACUACAACAGACUGAUAGACAAAAUGCACUUUAAACACAUCCAGAUCUGUACACCGUGGCUAGAAGCUGAGGAUUACCCUGUUCUACUUGGCUCAGCAGAUCUGGGUGUCUGUCUCCACAAAUCAUCUAGUGGUUUGGAUCUGCCUAUGAAGGUGGUGGAUAUGUUUGGCUGUUGUUUACCUGUAUGUGCAGUACGUUUCCAGUGUUUACAUGAACUUGUGAAACACGAUGAAAACGGCUUGAUAUUUAGGGACUCGAAUGAACUUGCAGAACAGCUGAAGAUGCUCUUAUUGGAAUUUCCUACAGGUGAAAGUAAACUUUAUCUGUUCAGAAGAAAUCUUCGGGCAUCCAAACAGCUGCGGUGGGAUGAGAGCUGGGAACAAACUGUGCUUCCUGUGUUUAGGAACAAUUAAUGAUUUCAAAAAAAUGGACAAAAGAAUUUUACAUAUGAUUUUCACAUUCCCAAGUUUGGUUAUACAUGAUGGAAAUGGUGAAUAAAACCUUUA